AUGUCCUCCAACAAACUUUUCCCUUUGUAUCUUCAAGCUUGUCGACGAGGUCUUGUCACGCGAUCCAUACCCAUUCCACAGCCACAAUGCCUUCGUAGCAAUGGCAACCACGUCUUGAACAAAGCAUUCAGCACAACAACGACACGAUCGGCAUUCCUCAAGAUCGACUCUCGUGCAGCACGUCAACAUCCGAAUCUCUAUCGCAUUCCAGCUGAUCCUGUUGUUGCAGCUACUCGUGUUUCUCAGCUGCUCGAACGUGCUUCCUUUGAAGAUGCCAAAGAGUAUCUUAUCAAUCUACGAUCCGGGCUACAGUCGACAGCAGCAUGGAACACGUUGUUAAAGUAUUGUGUGACACAUGGUCGAGGACAACUCGGUGAAUCAUGUUUUACAGAGAUGAGAAGACGUGGAUUUGUGCCUAAUGAAAAGACGUAUACCCUGAUGGUGUUAUUGUGGUCCAAGUCCAAGUCACCUUCCGCACUUGCGAAUGCUGAGACAUGGUUUAGCCGUAUCGAAGACCCGACACUCUUCCACUACAAUGCAUUAUUACGGGUGUACAAAGACAAAGGCGUGUCCAUGAACAAGGCAUUGAAUCGAUUAGAAGCCAUGUCCAUUGUACCGAAUGAUGUAUCCUACAGCACCGUGCUACAAUGUGCUAAGCAAGGGGAUGCUGCUUUGGUGAUUGAAAUAUGGCAACACAUGGAUAAGCAAUGGUCAACCCAACCUAGUCGAAAGGAUGGCUCUGAACAUUCAUUGUUGGCACAAAAGGCGAGGCGCGUAUUGGAAACUGAACAAGGAUUACAAGACAAACCAGAUGACAAGGAUGAUACCACUUUUCUCGAUAUGGAUGAUACACUGCAAAGAAACCUAUUUUCGGCAAUGACACGUGCUUCAUGUCGCCCAUCUUUUGCUAUGCAAGUGAUUGAGCGUCUCUAUGGGAUCCAGCCCCCUCCAUUCUCAAGAAAUGAUACGAGAUACCAACCUUCUGAAGCAGUGACUAUACAAAGCAUGGGAUUGGUGCCAUCAGUGAGGACGUUGGAUGUCAUUCUACGCUUUUUCGGCAAUCAAAAGUCAUACAAGCUUGGACGCAAAUACUACAAAUUGAUGCUUGAUCACUUUCCUCAAUUGACACCCGAUGAUCAUCUCAAGCAGACUGCCGCUUGGUUGGAACCGAGAAAAUCAUUCUGGGCGAAACAACAAGGUCGUACUAGUAGCAGUAGUAGUAAUAGAAAUUAG